CCUGUGGUGGGAUCUGUCCUUCCUGUCCUUGCCUCCGUUGGGUAAGCCAGGCUGUCUUUGCUGUUAUCCUGAGGCUGGACUGCUCCCUUCCUCUUUUUUCUGCAGCCCUUGGCUGGAGCCUCAUCUGCUACCUUUCGCCUGGAACCUCGCUUGCAUCCUCGCCUAUUCUCGCCUUCAAGUUCUACUGCCGGAGUAAGACUGGAGCCUUGCUGUGUCCAGAUAAGGAACCCUCUUUCGUUGUUUGGAACUGUCUCUUUGUGUCCUCGCCUUUGCUAGAUAAUGUCCGUGUCUCCUCAUCACCCGUCUUUCACCAAGACUCUGAGCCAUUUGUUUAUACCAGUAAAUCCACGCCAUCACGUGACGGAGUGCUGCUCUGUUCCUGUGAGUCACACAGCUCCGAGGAAGAAACAGAAAGUCCAAAGUCUGUGGAGCCCUCAGCCAGGCCAGGACCACCACAGCAGAGACCCUGUCCACAGGAUGAUCAUGACUGGGUGUGCAUCCACCCUUCAAACUGCUACAGUUCCUGUAAAUGCGGCAUUCUUCUACAGGCUGCCGUUUUCCCAGAUACAUUACUGGCCUGCGCUCAAACAUCAGUGUCAGGGAGGAGCGGAACAGAAAGACAGACACAAGAUGAAUGCUGCUUGCAAAAGACCAGCGGGUGCGAUACUGACGACGGGGAGAAGGGCCCUUUGUGCAGGUGUGAAGGCUGCAGUGGGCCCCACCACUAUGAAACUGUGGAACGACAGUGUUCCCCGCAACAUGACCCGGAGUUUCCCAACUGCCCCAAAACAACGACCCUGGCAGUUACCCAGCUGUCGCGCGAAAUGACCAAGUCUCCUCUCGGGAUGAAGGGUGGCUGCAGUUUGUUCGGUAUGGGAACUGACAGCGAUACUUGUGGGGAACAGGGCAGGCGAGAGUCCAAGCGCAGCAGCCACGGGGAUGAUCUCUAUCUCCGCGAGUUGGAUGAAAUGGGAAUCACUUGUUUGUCCUACAACCCAUCGGCGUUGACCUCGACAACCUUUGCUGAUGAUUUCUGCAGGCCUCCCGGGAGACACAGUGCAAGGAAAGAUCGACGGCCACACUGUCAGAGAGCAUCGAGGAUUGACAGCGAUCAUAGCUGCGGGGGCGUCGCCACGGGAGCCUGGAAGUCGGAAGGUGGAAGGGUGCGCAGAAGUGUCGGGACAAGCGUGCAGUUCCCCAGAGAGAACUCCUCCUGGCUAAACUCCGCCAGUCGGGACAAGCUGAGAGAAUUUCCCUGUCCCGGAAAGAGACAGUCGAGGCAUAAACCUGUCAGUCCAGGGUUCCACAAGCAGGGGUGCGAGGGCGCAGAUCCAGUCGGCCUCGGCCCGUUUCUUAGGGAGGAUACGUGGUGGCGGAGCCGGCUGGUAAGAGGGGUGUACCCACAGAGUGGAGCCAAACCCCGGCUCAGGGCAGAGAGGUGCACCAGGAAGACGGACGACGUCUACGUCUACGAAGUGGAUGACACUGGGACUUCGAGUCUGUUUUACAAACAACGCCCGAGUUCGUGCGGCGUCUCGGAUAGCGGCGGGAAUCUGUGCGGGAAGGCGGGCCACCACAAGGACACCUGUCAGCACUUGAGUUGUAAACGGUGUAAGUCACAGCCGGUACCUGGGAGAACAAGAUGCUCACUGUGUUCUGAUGACACCAGCAGCCUGAUGAGUUUAAAACAGGGAGACUGCUACACUUCAACCUUCAGGACUAACGGAGGCUCCGCACCCAUUAUCUACUCCUUACCACAGUGGCCGAGAUACCUGCUCCUGCAAAACAGCGGGGCUCAGGCAACAACUGCAGUGUACAAAGACUAACCAACCACCUGAGACUCAGGCACAGCACCUUGCCAUCCCUGUGCAUUAUCACGUCACCUCAGUCUCACCUCACAUAGAAUAGUUACAAAUAAGUACAAAACCUGUGAUGUGUAAUAUAAAAGCCAUCCAUGACAGAACCGUUAGCAGCCAGUGAAGGCAGUAAUGACAGAAUGAAACUAAGAGCUUGCAAGGAGUGUGGUAAAUCUGCAGAAGUAUAAGAAUUAUUUUAAUGUCAAGACUAACAUUAAAUGUAAGGCUCCCAAAAACAAUAAAGCUUUGUGAAAUACACCGAUAGUGAAGAGGCAUAUUGGAAUAUUAGUGCUAAUCUUUACAUCUUUCACUAUUGGUGAUCAAGGUCAGGGGUCAAGGAAUGAUACUGAACAGGACAGAAAACCCAAACCAAUCUGACCUCAUUGUGUUGGCUUUACUCACAAUCACCUUUACUUAUGUCAUACACUUAAACUCCAUUUCACACACAUAUACACUUAUACUUCAGCUUAAGCCCAUCACUCCUACUGGGGCACAAGCCGACAGCAGCUCACCAGAGCUUUCUGUCCUGGGUUAGUCUUUCAAGUUGUCUCCAGGUCUCGGUGUAUGCUCCUCCCAGGCCUGAGGUCUUUGGAGCUUCUGUAGAUCUGGGUUUUUUAUAGGAUAGGGUUGCUGACCCUAUGCCCAACCCUCCUCAUUUUGUUGCCAGGCUUAUAGACACUAACAUAAUUUCACUCUCACACAAAAUGACAGAUGCAGCAGGGAAAUAGGUCCUUUAAUGUGUCUGCACUGAACAUCAACCACCCAUUUACACUAAUAGUAAUAAUAAUAAUAAUCCUUUUAAUUCUAAAUCUGCUCCUACAUCUUAUGGUCUGAUAAAGGACAUAGGUUAAAGGUGAGAGGCAAAAGAUUUAAAGGAGAUCUGGAACACAGAAUAGUACAGCACAGGAACAGACCCUUCAGCCCUUAGUUGCUGAACUAAAUACCCAACUAAUCUAAUCCCUUCUGCUCAUACCUUUCCAUUCCUACAUGUUCAUGUACCUAUUAAGAGCCUCUUGAAAACCUCUAUUUGCCUCCAUCACCAGCCCAGGGAGUGCAUUCCAGACAUCCACCAUCUGAGGGGUAAGCUGUUCACAAAGCUUGAUGGGUACAUUGUACCAGCUGCCAGUGGUGGGUACAAUCUCACCAAUAAAAAAACCACACAUUUGGACAGCUACAUGCAUGGGAAAGGAACAGCAGGAUAUGGGCCAAAUACAGGACAAUGGGAUUGCCUUUGACAGGCAUUUGGUUGGUAUGGGUAUCUGCAGCAUUUUUUUGUUUUUACAUUUGAAGUCAAAUAACAAGAAAGUGGGGAAAUCCCGAUGAAACUAAAAUGGGAUUGUGACACAACAAGAGACCACAAUCCAUUGCGCCUGAGCCAACUCUAUAAAAAUUCUCUUCAAUUAGUGCCAAUCUCCUGCGUUGUCCUUUUUGUCAUUCUGCAGCUUACCGGUUUGAAAACUAACACUGAAACUGCUGGGUCUGAGUUCUGCAGUGCCUCUCAAUUCUAGGAAUGGGACAACAAUGACAGUUUUGAGAUCCUGGGAUUGAGAUGCAUGACUCAAUAAUUCAGAGACUGGGGUUGUGGAUUUGGAAUUCUGGGCUCAGGUUUUAUGGUUAGCCUAUGUGUUUGGGAUACCAGAACUAUGUUUCAAUACUUGAUAUUUUGAGACUGGAAUUCUAGAUUUGGAAGUGAGAUUCUGAGUGUAACAUGGGCCUCUAGAUCUGGUACUGGGAUAACUGAUAUCGAUCUUAUUAUACAAAAAUAUGCCAGCAGCAUUAGGAAUCAUGAACUUACUUAAUU